ACAGCUGGUCUCAAAAAUGGUCUCACACUGCUUUUAGGGUAAAGGAUAAAGGGACAGCUGAGUGAGGAGCGAAAUGGUGGAGCGGUAGCGGAGAAUUGGCAUUGGAUCUCGUUGGGUUUCGAGGAAUCUGGCCAAUGGUGGUGGAUCUGCGACGCUAGAUCUUGGCUUCUCUUCUGGGUAGGCUCGCAGAAAUGGCUCCGACGAGCAGCAAGGAUAGGAAGGCAGUGGCCGAUGUGGGCGCUUGGCUCUUCAAUGUGACUACGUCUGUGGGGAUCAUCAUGGUGAACAAGAAGCUCAUGGACCACUACGGCUUUAGCUUCGCCACGACACUGACGGGCCUGCAUUUUGGAAUGACCACGCUAAUGACUCUGGUGCUCAGAUUCCUGGGUUUUAUCCAACCGACCCACUUGCCAUUCGUCGAUCUCGCAAAGUUUGCUCUUUGCGCAAACUUCUCCAUCGUCGGCAUGAACGUCAGCCUGAUGUGGAACUCCGUUGGCUUCUACCAGAUUGCAAAGCUCAGUAUGAUCCCCGUCUCUUGCCUUCUCGAGGUCCUUUUCGACAAGAUACGCUACUCGCGAGACACAAAGCUAAGCAUCGUGGUGGUGUUGCUAGGAGUGGGAAUCUGCACGGUCAGCGACGUGAGUGUCAACACGAAAGGAUUCGUGGCGGCCGCCAUAGCAGUGUGGAGCACAGCACUCCAGCAAUAUUACGUGCACUUUUUGCAAAAGAAAUACGCCCUCGGCUCCUUCGAUCUCCUGGGCCACACCGCUCCCGUCCAAGCCGGCUCGCUCAUCCUUUGCGGCCCCAUAAUCGACUACUGGCUCACUGGCCUGCGAGUCGACUUGUUUCAAUUCUCCUUCCCUUCACUGUUUUUCAUCAUCCUCUCGUGUUCCAUCGCCGUGGGAACCAACCUCAGCCAGUUCAUCUGCAUUGGGAGGUUCACGGCGGUGUCGUUCCAGGUGCUGGGACACAUGAAGACGGUGCUGGUGCUGGUGCUGGGAUUUUUCCUCUUCGGCCGCCAGGGACUUAAUCUCCAGGUGGUGCUGGGAAUGCUCAUGGCGGUGGUGGGAAUGGUGUGGUAUGGCAACGCGUCGUCCAAGCCCGGCGGCAAAGAGAAGAGAGCCUACGUCCUUCCCAUCAAAGUCUCUAAGAACAGUGUUAGUAGCGAGGACGACGAAGAGCUUGUGAGCAACAAGACUUGAUCCAUCGAUCGAUUCUUUUGUUCUUCUUUC